GCACACGUCAGGGGUCAGAGUUGAAACCUUGAAGGAGGACUCGUGCUUGGACUGUUCGCGGGAAAAGGUCCCAAAACAAAACAGUUCUGUUGAACACGCGACCCAUUUCCGACACUGUCUGAACCAAUCGGUGCGUUAAACUAAUCGAUCAGAUCGAUAGGAGCGUCUGCUUCAAAGGCGGGACUAGAGUAGCCCUAUGCUACCAAACUGAGAGAGUUACUAACAUUUGCUAGCUAACCUACUCGAGGUAUCCCCAGGCUAACACAACAGUGCUACUGUGUUAGCUUUGAGAGGUAUCGGUUGUCCCCGACGGGAGGCUAAAGUUAGCGGCUUGAAGGACUCUGUUUACCGGGGACACAAAUGGCGGAAAGACCCGAAGACCUGAACCUUCCCAACGCGGUGAUCACCCGCAUCAUCAAGGAGGCGCUCCCAGAUGGGGUGAACGUGUCGAAAGAAGCCAGGAGAGCCAUAUCCCAAGCUGCCAGCGUGUUUGUGUUGUACGCCACGUCCUGUUCCAACAACUUUGCCAUGAAAGCCAAACGGAAAACUCUCAACGCGGGCGACGUGUUGGCUGCGAUGGAGGAGAUGGAGUUUGAGAGAUUCUUGGAGCCGCUCAGAGAAGCUCUGGAAGUCUACAAGACGGGUCAGAAGGGAAAGAAGGAAGUGUCCGAGCAGAAACGCAAAGAUAAAGAGAAGAAGGCCGACUCUGAGAACGAUAAGAGCAGGGAGGAGGAGGAAGAGGAGGAGGAGGAGCGCAUGGAGGAGGAGCCUGAAGCAGAGAACGAUGCAGAGGAGGAAGAGGAGGAAGAGGAAGAAGAAGAGGUGGAGAACUGAUGUCAGCGAGGACGCCACGGACGAUGAAAUGCAUCCCUGCCCCCGCGAUGCGUUGUAGCAGGAAGAGCUCGGGGGGGGGGGGGGGGGGGGGUUUCAUAAAUAACUUCUUUGUGCAGCUGCUGUCAAUCAAACCUUAAGUCCAACUACACUCUUCCUGAUGUUGUGUACAUAUCUUUUGAUAAAAAUUAGUUGGCAGAGUUGGGUAAAGCAGCUUUUCACUUCCCCUUUUGUCCAGUAGAUGACCUUCAAAUGGUACCAAUGCUGAAAGUAGGCCGUGUCUUUGGUCCAAUCACAAGUGGGCUCACAGCUGACAGCGCAAAUCAAGCUUAACGUCGCCCGGCGUCAGAAAGGCCAGACACGUCGCUUCAGUCUGCCAGAAAUGAGUAGAACAUCACAAUGGGCCUCUUUGAAAAAUUCUGCUGAAAGAUGUCAUUCUGAGAUCCGUCCUCAUUGGGGACACAAACGUCCCGCUGUCUACUUGUGAUCAACGAUUUAUGUAAGCUCAUUGAAAUGGUCUUAAUAUGUAGAAUUUAAUUUGGGGAA